AUGGAAGAGCAACUCUACCACAUUCUCAUGGUCACCAGCCACAUCAAAAAGAAUCCCAGCAACAUAGUCGAGAAAAUCCGCGCUCCAGGCACCUACACCUCUCUCCAAGCCGCCAAAGAAGCCGCCCACCGGUGCCUGUUCGACGCGGGCUAUGAACGUGAGUGGUUCAAGACCUACGAAACCAAAGCUGCGGUCCUGGAGGCCAGCAAUCUCCCCGAACGCACCGGCCUCGCCGUCUACGCGGUUGCAGAGGAUGGGACCGAGUUCCGAGUCCAUAUCAUUCCGACGCCGAGGGACCCGAAGCUGGUAGCUGAUGUCGUGGACGGGAGGGUAAAGAGCUCGCUGUACUAUGUCGUCCAGGCCAAUGUCGAAUACGAUGCGGAUGAGGGCAGCCGGGUCAAGGAUAUCAACAUCGAGGGGGUGUUCCGGACGUACCAGGCGGCGAGAGAUCUGGCGAGCAGUGUGCUUCUCUCCAAGGAGGAUGAUAUCACCCGGGAAAGCUUUGCGGAGUAUACUGAGGCGGCGCCGGAUGAGAAGGACUGUGGAUACGGGGAGAAUGUUGUUGUCCGGGCUGUUUCGGACUAUGGGACUAAUUACUUGAUCUCGGUCAUUAAAGAUCAGGAGUUGGAGUCGGUGCAUUUGACAGAGGCCGCGAUGAAGAUUCUUUGA